AUGUGUGGCUAUUACGGAAACUACUAUGGAGGCAGAGGCUAUGGCUGCUGUGGCUAUGGAGGCCUGGGUUAUGGCUAUGGGGGUCUGGGCUGUGGCUAUGGAGGCCUGGGCUAUGGCUAUGGGGGUCUGGGCUGUGGCUAUGGCUCCUACAGUGGCUGUGGCUACCGUGGACUGGGCUGUGGCUAUGGCUGUGGCUAUGGCUAUGGCUCACGCUCUCUCUAUGGCUGUGGCUAUGGAUGUGGCUGUGGCUAUGGAUCUGGAUUUGGCAGCUACUAUUGA